AUGACCAUGACAGAGCCAGAGGCGCGCCCCGAGCGCAUCAAGUCGGCGCGCCUCAUGACCCGCGUGCCUUGGGAACAGCCGGAGCAAGUCAUCCAGUUCAAUCGCGAACUCAUGACAUCCCAAGCCCGUCCCCUGGAAGAUACCGAGGGCAGUCGACGAGGCCUUUCUCUUCGCAAUCGCAAUCGGGCUGCCACCGCGCCUGCCACAGGCGUUCGACCCAACCUUGCCAAUCUGGAUAACCUCUCCCUUGGCGGCCUACCCCGCGCCGCCAGCGCCCGCCCGCCCCGCCGCCAUCUUCAACGCAGCUUUAGCGUCCGACGCUCCUCCCACCCAGGCCUGCACCUGGACGCCUUUGAAUCGCUCUCCGACGACGACGAGGAAAACAGCGAAGACGAUUUCAGCCUGGCCUCAACCGCCCUCCUCCGCUGCUCGCAACUCGACCUACCUGACAUCGUGCGCCAGUACCGCCAGCUCUGCAACGAUUAUGGCACCGUGCCCGUGGCCGUGGUGGAGCGCUCCCUGGUGCAAAGCGAUGCCAUCGUCCUGAAAAACCAUAGCGUCGGUAUUCAGGGUUGCCGAGCCCUGGCUGAGACGCUUCAGGACUACGACAAGAUCGACCAACUCGAUCUCUCCAGUAAUGACAUCCAGGACGGUGGGGCUGCCUCGCUUGGAAAGCUUCUCACUGAGUCGAGCUACAUCAAAACCCUGCGCAUGGAUGCCAACAAUAUCCGUACCCGCGGCCUUAUCACAUUUUGCACCUCCAUCCAGAGCAACCGCAGUCUGCGUGUGCUCUCCAUGGCCGACAACUCGCUCUUGUGCACGCACGCCGCCCCUAUCAGCGAGGCCAUCAAGUCAAACACCAGCAUCGCCCGACUUGGUCUGGCCCACAAUCGCUUUGGCGACGCAGCUUGUGUCAGCUUUGGCGAAAUGCUCGCCAAUGCACGUGGCGAAGGCCUAGCACAAGCCACCUCCGUUCGCAACCUCCUACUCAGUCACAACGCCUGCGGUGACCCUGGCGUGAUUGCCCUGGCGCGCGGUCUCCGGGAAUUUCUGCCUUAUUGGAUGCCCUGGAAGCCGGCUGUGAUCUACAAGUCUUGGACCUCGAUGGCAUCUCCCUCAGCUCCACAGCGCGUGAACGCCUCUCUCGGCUACAAUCCCGAGGGAUUCAAUGGCAUUCCCUUUGAAAACUCAAACAUCACGGCCAUUCGCGAGCAAAUGCAAGAGGUGGAGCGCCGACGCCUCUCUUCCGUUUCGAGUGGAAAUUUCAAGCCCACCCCACGUCGCAGUUCCAUCGCCUUUGUGCGGCGACCCACCGGUGACUUUGAUCCCUCGUGGACUGCGGACGAAGCAUGGCGGAUGGGUUUUACGGACCAGGGUGUACCGCGCACGGAUAGCGACUGGCUGAGCCAGCGCGAUGAUUAUGACCCAUCCUGGUCUGCCACUGAAGCUUGGCAGCGGGGCUAUUACCCAGACGGCAAACCACGCGAAACGGAAGAACGAGCUGCAAAACGUGCCUCGCGCAUGUCGGUCAUGAAGUUGGAACCCAUCGGCAAGAAAGACUACAAGGUGUUUGAGGAGCGGGCCAGCGAGACAUUCGGGCUGCUCUACCCAAACAUGAACGAUCCCAUGGCCAUCUUGGAGACCUACGUCCGCAAGCACCGCAUGCGUUUGGUUGACCUCUUUGCUCAGAUUGAUAAGGACAAGAGUGGGACGCUCACCGUGCGGGAGGUGACCGAGGCAUGCACCGAAUUGCGCAUCCCGCUAAAUGCGGUGCAACAAGAGGAGCUGAUGUUUCGUCUUGACAUUGACGGCGACGGAGAAAUUGAUUACCAUGAGCUUUGCGAGGGCCGGCGCGUGCUUCAUGAGGAGGCAACUGGCUUCAAGUUUCGCCACCCUGAUGAUACACCCAGCAGUGAAGAAGACGAUGACGACGACGACGAUGAGGCCCGCGCCCGGUCGCGUCGCGGCUAUACGCGCGCAGCCCGCUCGGCCCGCAGUCGCCGAGCUGUCAGUGAUUCCGACGAUGACGACUAG